UGUAGCACAGACAGGAAGCCAGUAAUGGUAAACCCUUUCUUCUUAUUUCAAUGCUAUUUUUUCCUUCAGUAUUAAGGAGGAUGUCCAGCUCUGUCCCACGGGGAAGUUUCAUGGUGCAGCUGAGCUGAUCUAACACUUUCCUGUUUCUGAAGUCUCCUUGCACUUAAGUCUUGUGGGUCCUGCCUGCUCCUUUGCUUCAGCUCCAGCACUCAUCCAAACCUUUGGAGUUGAUCCAGUUCCCUGAGGCCACAGAAUACUCCUCACUUUAUUUUUCUGAUGUUUUAGGAAACUGAGUCUGCACAAGGAGAUGUCAGGCAGGCACCCAGCAGUGAACAGAAGGAGGAGGGCCAAUACGAUCUAGGAAGGUGAUACAUUUUUGGAUGGAUUACUGUAGCAGUGACACUGUGGGGAAUAUUUGGAAGAUAUAACUGACAUACUACAAAUCUGUCAGCAGGAACAUCUGGCCAGGAUGAAGAGAGAAUCAUAAUUGUGAAGACCUUUACAAAGUAAACUACUUGGACACAAGACUGCUGUGCUGAUUUACCUAGGUCUUUCAACAUCUGUCUGAAGUAUUUCAGCCCACUUCAAUUUAUUUGAAAAUGAGGCAUAUUUUCAUGGCUGAUAGGUAGCCUUGGCUCCAGGACAUUGUAGUAGCCAUCUUACAUUCAUCCUCAAGAGGCAAACUUUGCUUUCCUCCUUUCUGCGGGCAAACCCUUGAAUUCAUAAAUAUUCUGUGCCCGAUAUUUGUCAUCAGAAGCCUUCAAGUGGCAGUGCCAGUUGCAAGUACUCUUCCCUUCUGUUUCUGACUUGUGCUGUACAGCUCCACCUUUUCUAUUUUGCCAGUGCAACUGAAUGUGGGACCACACUGGGACCAUGUCAGGGAUUGAUUCAAUUUAAAACAAAAAGGAAAAAACUUCUAAGCACAUUUCAGACUGAUUGAAAUCUAGGCUGCUGUGGUGUCAUACUUCCCACCCCCUUUCUUACAUUGGCGGUAGUGCUGCUGCACGUCAUGGCGAAUUCACUAAAAGAAGCUCCCUUAAAAUGGAUUGCUGUUUUUGGAGGAGUUGGAAGAAUCCAGGGAUUUCAAGCUUUGAAUGACGGGCAUUUUACAAGAUUACCACAACUAAACUGAAAAGGCAGAUGCAGCUCUGAGUACCAGAUUGAGUGAGCUGAUGUGUGCACUGCAUGUACAUGAAAACACACAUGUUUUUGUCAUCACAUAGACUUACUCUUGCAUAUUCCUGAGAGCUUUGCAAUUGAUGAAAAUUAAUUUGAGAACCAGAUGGAGCACCUUUACAGCACAGGAAUCAGUAACCCAUGGAAAGACACCUGCCAGUAAUGUUCAGCUUUCCACAUGGUCUUCACAGGUGAAACAAGUUUGCAAAAAGAGGAAGAAAAAACACCCUCUACACAGAAAAAGCUGAAUAAAUACCUCCACAAUCUAAAUCAAUAGCUGCGAGGGAAACAAGAAUACAGAGGGUAGAGGAAACGGACUUUGUUAUUGCAGAGGAAUAAUGUGUGGUCUUUGGCACAUUUUGUUUUGGGCUCAAUAGAUUGUGAAUGGACUAAUAAAUCAUGACCAUAUGUUGAAUAAUGAUGACUGGAAGUAAAUAAGCUGAGGAACUAUGGGACAAGUCUGGGCAUUGAACUGAGCAAACCUCGUUGUCCUUCUUGAGUUCACCAGGUCAUCAAACUUGCAUAUUCUUUCUCCCUCUCCUUUUUCCUCUUUUCACUUAGUGUGGUAUAAAUACUAAUUAAUUGAGCUCAUAAAUGUUAUUCAAAUAAAACGAUUGGAAUACUUCAUAUGUUUCCUUCUUGUACAGCUGCAAAUGUUGUGUCUGGAACUAUGAAUCUGUGCUGUAGACAAGCAUCAAGAAGGAAAGAUCCGAUCAAACAAGCAAAGAAAAUACCUAGAGAAAUAGCGAACCCAGGAAGUCAGAUUUUUAAUGCUGCUUCUUUUUCUUUUUUAAAUGAUUCUAUUUCUUCCUUCCUUGAAUUUUAGAAGAUUUUGAAAGAGUGCUUACUUGAUGUGCUUUAAUUCUGGCAUUUGUUUUUUACGGUAGGAUGAAAAGUCUGUGAUUCCUUGUAGCAGAAAAAAGGGAAAAGUAAAGGAAAAACAGCUUGACAUUUUAGCCUGUUUCAGAGGAGAGAGAACUUCAUGGUUCACCUGAGGCAAACUUACCUGCUUUGAAAGCUAAAAGCUUUAGAGCGUUUUUGAUUCUGCUAUAAAUGAAGAGGGGGUUUCUUUUUCAUUCGUGUGUGGCAGCAAAAAGUGGGAAAGCAGGCAAGAUAGUGUGAUAAACAGUUCAGGCUGUGUUGGGUCUCUGGUGGAAAAAAAGUGCUGCGAUGAAAAUUGGAUUGGCUUUGGAUUGCAAAAACUUUUGAGUCCAACAAGCGGUUCAGUACCAAGAGGGAUUUCCCAACUGGCCUGGCACAUCAGUGCCUGCACAAGUUCGGGUCUGUUGUUUCACACGGUUUGUGUGCCUUUUUUUCCCUUUAUGCAAUCUCUUUCAGCUUUAGCAGCAGAAAUACAUCAGUUGGAAAAGAUAUGCCAGAGGGCAGCUUGGAAAAGAUGAAUGUCAUAUAUAUACAUAUAUAUGUAUGUGCGUGUGUUUAAAUUUCUGCAACUGAACUUUUGAAGAAAAUCUGACUGGAGGAAAUCUUAAAAGCCUUAAGUUACUUGAAACCUACACAUUUGCAACUCUUUGUCUCUGGAAUUGCAUUACACUAAACUGGAAUCUCAGGCUGUAUAAAGAUUAUAUCAAGUUGAGCAAAAAGAUGACUUAACCGUUUCUUGAGCGCCUCUUAUGAAGUAGCUGUUUCUCCAAAGGAUAAGUGCACCCUCACUCUACAGACUCAAAAACAAAAAUGAACCUGAAUUUUUUUUUAAGUGUUACUUUUUCUUAGCCAACUGCCAUCAUCUUUUAUAGAGGAAUUUUUCACUAUGCAUUUGGUGGAUAUUUAUAAACACUGACCCCAUCCUCCUCCCUUUCAAUGAUCUAUCCCAGCGAUUCCAACAUCCUCUGCCUCUCCUGGAAAGGGAGAGUCCCCAAAAGUGAGAAGGAGAAACCGGUGUGCAGGAGGCGGUACUAUGAGGAAGGCUGGUUGGCAACAGGCAAUGGCAGAGGAGUUGUAGGCGUCACUUUUACUUCCAGCCAUUGCAGGAGGGACCGGAACACCCCUCAGAGAAUCAACUUCAAUUUGAGGGGCCACAACAGCGAGGUUGUGCUGGUGAGAUGGAACGAACCAUUCCAGAAAUUAGCAACCUGUGAUGCAGAUGGAGGAAUAUUUGUUUGGAUACAAUAUGAAGGCAGAUGGUCUGUGGAGCUUGUGAAUGAUCGUGGGGCACAGGUAAGCGACUUUACAUGGAGCCAUGAUGGGACUCAAGCACUUAUCUCCUAUAGAGAUGGAUUUGUGCUGGUUGGUUCCGUCAGCGGACAAAGACACUGGUCUUCGGAAAUAAACUUGGAAAGUCAGAUCACCUGUGGCAUAUGGACUCCAGAUGAUCAACAGGUACUGUUUGGCACUGCUGAUGGACAGGUUAUUGUCAUGGACUGCCAUGGCCGAAUGCUGGCCCAUGUGCUCCUUCACGAGUCAGAUGGCAUCCUCAGCAUGUCCUGGAACUACCCCAGCUUCCUGGUGGAGGACAGCAGCGAGAGUGACACGGACUCUGACGACUAUUCCCCACCACAAGAUGGACCAGCUGCGUAUCCAGUCCCAGUGCAGAACACCAAGCCACUCCUUACCGUCAGCUUCACAUCGGGAGACAUCAGUUUAAUGAACAAUUAUGAUGACUUGUCUCCUACUAUCAUCCGCUCAGGGUUGAAAGACGUGGUGGUACAGUGGUGCACUCAAGGAGACCUACUUGCAGUAGCAGGCAUGGAGAAGCAAAGCCAGCUGGUUGACCUCAGCAAUGGUUCCCUGUUGAAAAACGCACUUGUCAAGUUCUACAAUGUGCGCGGGGAACAUAUCUACACUCUGGAGACACCUGUACAGCGUCCCAUCAUCUCCAUCUGUUGGGGUCACAGGGAUUCGCGCCUGCUGAUGGCCUCUGGACCUGCGUUAUACGUUGUCAGAGUCGAGCACAGGGUCUCCAGCCUGCAGCUGCUGUGCCAGCAGACCAUCGCUAGCUGUCUGCGGGAUGACAAGGAUAUCAGCAAACUGACCCUGCCCCCUCGGCUCUGCUCGUACCUCACCACUGCCUUCAUACCAACAAUCAAGCCUCCUAUCCCAGACCCAAACAAUAUGAGAGAUUUUGUCAGCUACCCAACAGCUGGUAAUGAACGGCUUCACUGCACGAUGAAGCGGACAGAAGAUGACCCAGAGGUUGGUGGUCCAUGUUAUACUCUGUACCUGGAAUACCUUGGGGGACUGGUGCCUAUUCUGAAAGGACGUCGUAUCAGCAAGUUGCGGCCAGAGUUCGUCAUCAUGGAUCCUAAAACAGAUGGGAAAGCAGAUGAAAUCUAUGGAAACAGCUUGAUUUCCACUGUGAUUGACAGCUGUAACUGCUCGGACUCCAGCGAUAUCGAACUGAGUGAUGACUGGGCAGCAAAGAAAUCUCCCAAAAUCAGUCGAGCUAGCAAAUCACCCAAACUUCCCAGAAUCAAUAUAGAAGCUCGCAAAUCUCCAAAGAUGUCACGAGCCGCACAGGAGAUAUCAAGGUCACCAAGGUUACCAAUAAGGAAACCAUCUAUUGGUUCACCAAGCCUAACCCGAAGAGAGUUUCCUUUAGAAGAUAUUACUCAGCACAACUACCUUGCUCAGGUCACAUCUAAUAUCUGGGGAACAAAAUUUAAAAUUGUGGGUUUGGCUGCUUUCCUACCAACUAACCUUGGUGCAGUAAUAUAUAAAACCAGUUUGCUGCAUCUUCAGCCCAGGCAGAUGACAAUUUAUCUCCCAGAAGUGCGGAAGAUUUCAAUGGACUACAUUAACCUGCCUGUCUUUAAUCCAAAUGUUUUCAGCGAAGACGAAGAUGAUUUACCAGUGCCCGGUGCUCCCGGUGCCCCCGCCAGCAGCCCGCCGUGCACCGUCAACAUCCCCAUCGCCCCCAUCCACAGCUCAGCCCAGGCCAUGUCGCCCACGCAGAGCAUCGGCCUGGUCCAGUCGCUGCUGGCCAAUCAGAACGUGCAGCUGGACGUGCUGGCCAAUCCGCCGGCGGAAGCGGGGGGUGAGGGGGCGGGGCCUUUCUCAGGGGCACCGGGCCGUUUUCCGGGCCCCGGGGCGGGGGCGCUGGUUGGGGGGGAGCUGGGCCGCGCUGCCCCCGUGCCCCUGGCCCUCGCCCCGCCGCCCCCCGCACCCCCCGCCAUCGCCCUAGCCGACCUGCGGGACCACAGCGACCGCGAGCACGAGCCCCUGCCCAAGGCCAAGGCCCCACGGCCAGGCCCACAGCUGGGGGAAGGGGACGCCGUCAUCUUCGGGGCCCCUCAGGAGCUGCAGCUGAACAAAAUGAACCCCCCACCACCUUACCCUGGAACCAUCCCCGCCGCGCCAACCGCUGCCCUGCCGCCACCACCGGGUCCCCCGCAGCCGCCCCUCGACCUCUGCCUAAAGAAGGGGGAGUUCUCCCUCUACCCAGCAGGGCACUACCAGACGCCCCUGGGGUACGAGCGGAUAACAACGUUCGACAGCAGCGGGAACGUGGAGGAGGUGUGCCGGCCUCGCACCAGGAUGCUCUGCGCCCAGAACACCUACACCCUGCCGGGGCCCGGCAGCUCCGCCACCUUGCGCAUCACCGCCACCGAGAAGAAGAUGCAGCAGCCCUGUGCCAGCGCCACCCUGAACCGGCUCACGGUCCCCCGUUACUCCAUCCCAACCGGGGACCCGCCGCCCUACCCCGACAUCGCCAGCCAGCUGUCCCAGGGCAGAAGCAUCACGCAGAGGCUAGACAGCAGUAUCAUUCAUGCAACUCUGCGGAGGAACAGCAGAGAGGCAGCCCUGAAAAUGGCUCAGCUGGUAGAUGGCCAGAGAGCCACCUUGCAACUUCCCCCAAAAGCCAAGAGCAGCGUUGUGGCAGGGCAGUACCAGCAGCGAGUACCCACCGCCUUGUAUACCUGCAGCCAGUGCAGCAGCAGCGGCAGCGGAGGCGGGAGCAACUCGAGCGCUGGUGGUGUGGGCGGCAUCUCUAGUGCCAACACUAGUAGCAGCACUUCCAGUAUCGGUGGCAUGAGACCUGAUCUGAGCACGGGGAGUGGCUCCCAGCACAGCUCUGUCGUUGCUCACUCUGUCAGUACUUCGCCUCUGGCCUCCCAGUCCUCCUACAGCUUGCUGAGCCCUCCUGACAAUUCCCGUGACCGAGCGGACUAUAUCAACUCCGCCUUCACGGAGGACGAGGCCCUUUCUCAGCACUGCCCGGUGGAGAAAUCAAUACGGCACGUACCCGUGUCCUUGACGGAGGCUGCCCUCAGUGUAAAACGGCCACCGCCAUACCAGUGGGACCCUAUGGUGAGUGAAGAGAUAUGGGUUCCUCAGGAAAGGACAUCUCAGAGCUCAGUGCCCAACCCUCUAAAACCUACUCCUCUCAUCAUUGGUCAAGCUCAACAUCUGGAUAUGUCUCGAGUGCCGUUUGUUUCCCCCAAGUCUCCAACCAGUCCCACUGCCACUUUCCAGACAAGUUAUGGGGUUGGAGUACCUUACCCAGGAAGCUACAGUGCCCCUCCCCUUCAGGGAAUGCAGCCCCCCUGCUCCCCCAAAGAAGCUCUGGCCCCAACGCAGUUUGCACAGCAGGAGCCCACCGUUGUGCUUCAGCCAGGUUAUCCGUCCAACCUCUCCUAUUGCCCUUUGCCACCCAUGUACCCAGGAAGUAGCGCCUGCUCUAGUUUACAGCUGCCACCGAUCGCCUUGCACCCGUGGAGCUCCUACAGCGCCUGCCCACCCGUACAGAACCCCCAGGGCACCUUGCCCCCCAAGCCGCUCCUCGUGGUGGAGAAGCCAGUCAUGUCUCCCCCACCAGCAGAGCUGCAGGGCCACGUGGGCACAGAGGUAAUGGUGGAGACGGCAGACACCUUCCAGGAGGUGCUCUCCUUGACGGAGAGCCCCGUUCCUCAAAGGACAGACAAAUUUGGCAAGAAGAGCAGAAAGCGCCUAGACAGUCGAGCUGAGGAAGGAAACAUGCAGGCUAUCACCGAGGGCAAGGUCAAAAAGGAGGCAAGGACGCUGACUGACUUCAAUUCACUAAUAUCCAGCCCUCGACUGGGGCGGGAGAAGAAGAAGGUCAAGAGCCAGAAAGACCAGCUGAAGUCCAAGAAGCUAAACAAGACAAAUGAGUUUCAGGACAGUUCAGAGAGCGAGCCAGAGCUUUUUAUCAGCGGGGAUGAGCUGAUGAACCAGAGCCAGGGCAGCAAAAAGGGUUGGAAAACCAAAAGGAGUUUGAGGACAGCCAGCGAGCUGGACGAAUUCAAGUGCCGGAAGGCCAGUGAGAAGGAGGAUGGGAGGCUGGGGAGCCAGGGCUUUGUGUACGUGAUGGCCAACAAGCAGCCGCUGUGGAAUGAGGCAACGCAAGUCUACCAGCUGGACUUUGGAGGGCGGGUGACCCAGGAGUCGGCAAAAAACUUCCAGAUUGAGCUGGAAGGACGACAGGUGAUGCAGUUUGGAAGGAUUGAUGGCAAUGCUUAUAUUUUGGACUUUCAGUAUCCAUUUUCUGCAGUGCAAGCCUUUGCUGUUGCUCUGGCUAAUGUGACUCAACGCCUCAAAUGAACAAGCAGAGACAGGAGAGAGGAAAAUGUUAACCUUCUCUUGAAGUCCAAACAGGAAAAUGUCAGGGCAGCCUGCUUUAGGUGUGCAGAGGUGCCUGGGAGCGAAGAAGGCAGUAAAACUGGAAAAGUCUCUUGGUGCCCAACAGAAGGGCAUUAAUUCUAAUCAGUCAUGGGGUGGAGGGUGGGGGGCUGUUUUCUAUUUUGUUUGUUUGUUUGUUUGUUUUCAGGUGUUUUGGUUUUUUUUUCUUUUUAAGCAUUGUGCUGGGUCUCAGAAAGAGCGAAGGGUUGAGAGCCGUUUAGUGUUAUGUGGAGAAGUGUGGCUUUUGGCUUGUUGUGGUGGUUCUGCCGUGUUUGCUACAGUAGCUGAUGUAAGCUCAUAGGGGGAUUAAAAAAAGACUGCUCUUUUUGAUAGACUGCCUUAUAUCACGCUGUUCUUUUUAAAACAGGGAACAUAACUUUUUUUCUGGUCCAGUUUGUACUACUACUACUACUACUACUGCUACUACUACUACUACUGCUACUCCUACUCUACUACAUCAGUGAUAGCAGCAAAAAAAAAAAGAAGCUAUAAUACUUGAAGACACAUGUUUCUUCUCUGAUUUCUGAUAAUAACUGAGCACCACAAGUUCCAAGGAGGCUUAUGUAGGUCAAUGCUUAAUUUAUAAAUAAUGAUGUAUUAUUCAGAAGAGAAACAGUUGUUACCAAUGGGUGGUUUAAAAACCUGUCUGCUUGUUUUGUGUGCUGUUGUUGGGGAUAAACAUCUUUCAGUUGGUGACAGAAGAUAGAGGAGGAAAUAAUUACAAGCAUUGCUUCUUUGCUAUUGGGGAUAAACACAGGGGAGGAAGUAAGCAUGAGCAUUGCUUCUUUGCUCAUAUUGAUCAGCAGUAUUCUCUGAUUUGGCCUGUAGCUGGGAGAGGUACAGUGUGACCAGAUGUACACCUGAGGUCCUGCCUGUACAUGCUCCUCAUUUAAAUGUGUUUUAUAAACAAAGUCUUUCAAGCAAAUGAGAAGGCCCAGUGUAUUCAGUCGUCUUAGCAAUCAGUAUGAAUCAAGUUCUACAACAGUGUAUCAGUGCUUGAAUUAGGAAGGAGAGAGAAGUGUAUCAUUACAAGAAGCAAUUUCAUCAGGAGAACAAUUUCAUUACAGGAAACAACGUCAUGGCUGGCUGGAGAACAGAUUAGUUGAAAGAAGAAGGAAAAAUUGGACAGAAUCAUCCCUUUUAUCACCUUGAUACUUGAGUAGUCUUUGUGACUGUGGUUUGAGAAUAUAAUGCUCCAGCUAAGAGCAGGAAGCCAAAGUUUACAUGGAGUGUUACAGAGGAAGGCUUAAUAAAGGUAGCAUGACUCUCUGCCAUUCUUUCUGCUGGACAUGCAGAGCUGUUGAGCAUUUCAGAAGGGUUGCUUGCACAGAAGAGAUUCUGUGUUGUCCAUGUGUUGUGCACGUGUUUAUUUGCUUUCUCUCCUUGCCUGCAUUUUGCUACAGAAUACGUUUUGGUAUGGAAGUAGUUUCCCCAGUAAUACACAAAACCCCAAACUAUUUACGUAAUUAUUUGGACAUUAGAUUACAAAACAAAACUGCAGAUUUCCUUCAGAAAUUACUCUUUUGAAGUGAAAGGUACACUGAGAAGGAUAAGUUGGUUGAGGUGUCAGUGGCUGCUUUGUCUUUGUCUUUCAUCCAGUUUAACUUCUUACUUGAAAAACUUGGUAUAACUUAAGGUGAAUAGGUGUGAUUUUCUCUCUUCAUUUUUCUUAAAUCCUAACAGUAGGGCAGAUGUGAGUUGCAUUUGAUUUGUUCUAGAGGAACAUACUGCAUAAGAUAAGACCCUGGUGUAGUAGAAGUUACCAACAUACAGUGAGGUUAUAACUGCUGCUCUGCUGAGGCUUCUAGAGCGGUACAGCACAGAGGGAGUAAUGCCAGAGAGGCAUUUCAGAGAGUUGCCAAGGGAGAUGACAAGGCAGGUCACUCACAGGUAAUGUCCUACAGAGUAAGGUAAAGACCUGCAAGAUGGUUUCCUUAGAGAGAGGAAGCAGAGGUAGGAAGGAGGUAGUGGGUGAGGGGAUGGUACCAUCCCUUGUAUUAUCCCAAAGCUCAGCAGCUUCUGCUUGUGUGUGGGAGUGGUCAGGCACAGCAGUCCCCUUGGCAUCUAGCAAAUUGUUGUUUGUCCAUCAGUUGCCUGGGCCUAUUUGUAUUCUUUCUCACGUGCGUGAUUUAUUCAGCAGUUUGAGUGCCUGUGUAUACAAUAUGUGUGGGACAGAGGAACAGACGUGAAUUUGGCUCUGGUCCCUUAAAAAUCAAUGGAAGCGUUUCCCUUGGAUUUUUGUGGAGGAAGCACUAUUUAGCCUUAUGUCUAUAUUGAGUUAUAUGCUGUACAAAAAGUAGGUUGAAUUCUCAGGCCACUGAUUCCAAUACACAAAAAGGUAAGUUGGCUGAUGAGAAUCCUCCCCCGCCCUAAGGUCUGUGCUAACCGGUCAUACUCUAAUUAGGGUAAAACAGGCACACACUGAACACUGUAAGAGAAGAAACACACCACAGCUUGCUUGCGUGCUUGCUGAGGGAAGGGCCACUCAGUCACAGGUUAGAAAUCUUCAGCUGGAGGAAACAUCAUCUGUAGUUUUAAGCCAAAAUUGUUAGUACAUGGAAACAACAUGAAUGUUUUUUCUGAACAAAAUCAGAUCUAAAUAAAAGGACUUCUGCAUGCAGUUUUUUUAGCCUUCUAGGGAAAAGUAUUACUUUUCACUUGGUUCAUUGCCAAAUUUUUCCGAUUAUCAGCAGUUUUAUGCUAACAGAGAACCAAAAAAUGAAACCCAAUACAAGUAGCAGAGCUAGUAAUUUGGUAUCAUCAGCCCAGGUCAUGAUUGCAUCCUUCUAACAGCACUUAUAAAGAGCCUUGAUAUAGAGAGACCUGGUUUCUGCCCCAGCAAAGCACAAGGAAUAAUUAUCAAAAAUUAGGAAAAUAAAUGUAAUUUCCAAUUUACUUGUCAGAAAAUGCUAUAAGAUAAGAUAAUCUUUUAUCUUUUUGAAAAUAAUUUAACAGCAUCCUUGUAACUGAGGUUUUUGAUGGUGUAGAGAAUACUCAGUAUUAGAGAAUGAAAAUACUCUCAAAUAUAUAGAAUUUUAAUGAAAGGAAUGGGAAUUAGGUAAAUGUCUGAGUGUGCAACUGGAUCCUAAAUUACGUAAAGAACAAGUAAGACACUUGUUUUAUUUUUCAUUGAGAUACAAUAUAGGAAGCAAAUUUAAAAGCCUCCCACAAAAUAAUCACUUAGAUACUGAAGAUCGCUAUUGCAUUCAGCCAAAAGAUAGAUGUUACGUUUUAUAUUUCAUUAGUAAACCCCAGGUUUUCCAUAGAUAACUAAGUUCUUCAAGGAAGAAUGUAGCAAAGUGUUCAGAAAUACCUAGUUCUUUUAUACAUAUGGUAAUUUCCAGUAGUUAAGUAUGUUUUUUCCAAAGCUUUUUUUAGUUGUGCAAUAAUUGUGACUGUCUAGGGGGUUUACGGGGUUUUUGUUGGGUUUUUUGGUUUUGUUUUUUUUAGGGAGUUUUGAGUGGAUUUUUAAAUAUAAUUUAAUGCAGGUUUCCUGUUAAUGUCCAAAAGACAAAUUAUUUAUCUUGCAUAAUGUAUUAAGUGAUUUAGGGAUUAUUUUAUUACUACGUAUCAGUGAGUUACACACACUUUCUUAUUUAUAUUUAAAGAGCAUCUUUGUAAGUAAUUGUUUGCUAGCAGUAUGUUUUGCUGCCAGAAGUUAAAAUGCGUAUAAGAAGACCUGUUUUUUGCUGGAUAGUAUGAAAAAUUCCAUAAUGCAGGCAGGCAAAAAUAUUUUUUUGGCAGCUGAACAGAGUGAGUUUGCUAUGGAGGACUGCGUAGACUACAAAGAGUGUACAUGACUUCUUUGAGACCUGCAGAAAUCUGUCCUUCUCUACUGUUCUCCUUCUUUGUUUCUAACUAUAUGUUUCACUUGGGAGUGGUUUUAAAAAUACAAGGCUUGAUUUGCUUUCCCUCUUCUUAGUACAGUGCUUUUUCUUGAAGUAUAAAAUAAGGUAGGUUAUGUGAUAAAAGAGGGUAUAAUGAUAUAGGCUCAGUUUGUAAGAAGUUCAUUGCAUAGUUUAGUAGGGUUUGGCAAUGCUGUAAUUCAGUGCUAUGCAGAGAUACAAACUAGCUUGGAAUAAGCCAGCUGAGGCAUGAGAAAUAGUGUAGCAGUAGAUGCAUUUUCCACUGCUCAGACUAAUAACACUCCUUCUUCAGCUGUGUUCAGCCGAUUCCAACACAGCCAUGAUGCUCCUCAUAUCUGAGCUAGCGCUGCACAGACCUGGUGGAGCUGAGCCCUGAGGCUGCUUGCAGCAGCUUUGACUCUUUAAGAUGCUCCAUCAGAAACGCGGAGGAGCAGGCAUUCCUCCACUCGUCCUCAGAGGUCUGCUCCAAGAGCAGCGUGACGCUGCCACAGGAUUUGGGUGCAGCAGCUUUGGGCAGUGAGAGCCUCGAUGCCAGCCAGUGGCCAUGGUGGCCAUUUGAGGUCAGAGUCUGCCCCACUGGAGUUGCAAAGGGAUGCAACAGAAAACCUGAUUCUCUUGAAACAAUAUUCUUCAAAAUAUCAUAGGAAUAUAGCACCUAACAGAGUCUAAAAAUUGAAACUUAAAGUCCAGUAUGAAGUACACCAUGCAUGGUGUGGCAAAUUUUAGCUUGAAACAGUGAGAAUGUUGUGUUUCUGCAGUAUCAUGUUUCUGUAACACCCUAAGAAAGUAUGAGAAGGAGGGGGGUGAAAGAGUUAAAAAAAAAAAUUACCACAUUAUUAAUUUUGCACUCAGUUCCAGAGGUAGCAGUAACAUGUGCCAUGGGAUGACUGAAUAUUGGUAAAUCUGCACACAGGUUCAUGUCAGUUAGAUAAACUUCCUGUGAUGCAACUGCAAGCAAAACAGUUCCACAUUUCUCUCUCCAGUUUUGUUCCAUUGUUUUUAUGAAGAUGCAUGAAGGUCUGCAGGUGUCAGACAAAGAUAUCUGACUUUGCUGAGGCUUUGAGCCAAGACUUUCCAUAGGUCCAGGCUUUCUUUGAUGUGUCAUUUUAGUGCCCUCUCAGAAAUUCCAAACAGAUUUCGGAGCUUGCCUGAUUGUUGCUUCAGACAAUUCCUGUGCAUUUACUUUUUGCAGCCUGGUGCAUGUGAGCCUAUGUUAUCUUGGUGCCCUGUUACUUGUCAGAAGCAGUUCAAAUCCUCAUAUGAAGAGACCAGCAUGUGCAAAAACUGAUUUGAUUGAAAGAAAGAGGAGAGAAGACAGAGUGAGUUUUCACUAGCUUUUAAGAAUGUGUUUCCCAGAACAAGUUUGGAAAUUACACAUUUCUGCAGAGCCCGAACCACUCCAGACCAGUAAAUCUGACUUGGAGAUUAGUAACAGAUGAGUCACUUGUGUGGCAUGCUGACAGAGGGCCAACUUCUAACUCGCUACAUGGUUACACCAAGCUACAUAAGAGAGUAGCAUCUGACCCAAAACAUACAUUCCCAUUACUGUGCAAUUGUAAAAUAAUAAUGACUUAUAUGACCCAUAUAUCAACUUAAGAAAAAUAUAAAGCAUUAGCCAACAACUUUAUUGACAGUUCUGUAUAACCCCCCUUUGAAGAAUGCUGGAAGUAAAAUCCUUGCCACAGGGUAGUCAUUCAGAUAUUUGCCUUUUAUUCACAUUUCUAGGAUUCCAUCACAGGAGAGCAAGCUGUUUAUGUUACUUAGACACUGGCAUAGUGGUUUUCCCACUAUAAGAGAGCAAGUGUUAUCAUAUUGCUGACAAAUACGGGAAAAUUCUGAUAGAUGAAUAUUUUCAUUUUCAAGUCCCUUCACCUUCAAGGCAAACUCAAUUCUCCAUCAGCAAAUACCAAUUCAGAGUCCUGAGAACUAGUCUGCAGAUAGGCACCACAGUUUCUCUUUGCAGGAUUGGAAUUUACAUGCACCAUUCCUGAAGGAAUAAGAUUAAUUAUUACUUGUGAACAGUGGACUGUGUGAAUUAUUUUAUCUUUGUAUUUAUAUAAUUCUAUUCUAAAAUAAUCCUGCAGAGAAGUUUUAAGAUUAAAAGACUCAGCUUUGUGUGUUGCCUGGUAUCUCUGAAGAUGUAUCAGGAGAUAAUUUCUUUGGGCAAUUUGAUUGUUGCUGCAUCUAGAAAAUUAAAUUUUUGAAAUUAACCAAAUAAAAGAAUGAAAUGGGAUUCAAUGAAGCAAUUCCUGCUAAGAAAAUUAAAAACUUCACCUUUCAACUUUUGAUUUUGCAAAUGGAUCUAUGAUGAGAAAUUUGCACUUCAAGGCAAAUUGAUUGUUGUGGAGAACUAUGCAAGUGCACAGGUUUGCUGACCCAGAGCUAACGGCAGGAUCAAAACAACAUGAUUUUGUGACACUUAAAAUUAAAUAAAUGAAAAUACCAAAUACUUACCUAUCCAGAGUGUUCAAUGAAAAAAUUAGAUGGUAUGAUGCCAAAGCCUGCCAGUUUAUUCUUAAUCCUUGCCCUCCAGUUUACAUUGUUACAGAUUUAAAAAUAGUCUCUGAUCCAGCAAUUCUGAAUCCUGACAAAUGUUGUCUAUUUGUGGAAUGUUUAUUUUACUGGCCAAGAAGAUCACUGAAGAUCUGGAUUAAGAUUAAAGUAUUAAUAAAAAAGAAACAUUUUUGAACAGUGUGCAGACACCUGAGUUUCAAGUAUUUCAUCUGAAUAGUGCUCAGUUUGUAAUUCCUACCUAUGUUGUUUCAAGCUAUUUGUUCAGAACUUUCCUUAUUUACCCUUUGUUUCCUUUGUUUGCUUGAUACACGUUUUGCCUUCGGUUGCCUCUCAUUUCACUAUUUCUGCAUUCUCUGCUUCUUUUUCUUUUUACGUGUUAUGUGUUUGGGGAAGGGUUUGUCUGUUCAAGCUCUCGUUGUUUAUUGUAGAUAAAAUAUAUGGUGUUGUGGAAUAGCAUGAGGAUGCAUUUGGUUGAAAAGGCACUGUAGUGUUUCCUGAAAAAGAAGGGGAGUUGCAUUUGUUUAUAAAUGCAUUAUUUUGGUACUCUACUCUGAAUAUGAUUUGGGAUUUUUUUUUUUUUUAAUUUAACGAGCAUAUAGUCAUGCAGGUGCAUGCAUUCUUAAACUAGCAAGCCCAGCAUGUUUUUCUUAAGGCUUUUAAAAAUUUGGUACACAAUUUGUGUGCUUUUACAUACCUAUACUAUUUUUAAAAUAUAUUUUUGGGAAUCUCAAGUUUUCUUCACUUUUUUUUUCCUCAGUAUACCAUGGUAUACCUGGUUUCCAUUGUACUUAAAAACUACCCUGAUCUGCCUCUCCUUUUAUGUAUCUUGUGUAAUAGAAUUUGCAGGAGGUGCCUAGAAAGCAUUGUUGGUUUCCCUAUAAAAAUGUGGUUUGUCCAAAUUCUUUACUGUCCACAUGAUUGAGAGAUGGACUGAUUGCCCUGUUUUUCCUUGAUGAUUUGGAGUUGUAAGAGUUGUCCAGCUGUUGCUUAAUAAAAUUUUGCAGACUAGAAAA